CAGUCGUGCCCGAUCCGCGCGGGAGUUAGGGUAGUGUCGAAGAUUCGGAGUAUCCGUGUACAGAAACCCCGCGAGAUGACGAUAAUCGAAGAAUUUCCCGUGAAAGAAGCUCCGUCGUAACAAUAUUGAAAGGAACUGUAAAAAUCCGUCCGACAAUUAAACAAACAGUGAACUAAUAUCGUUUAUCGAAUUCCCGGCGUACGAGAGAGAAGGACCAGCAUCCUUGGUUAGCCGUCGAAGGAACAACCCCUAAAACCUUGACUUAAAAUGUAGCAUCGUGCCCCAUAUGCGACUGGCCCACUCGAUAUAACUGAACGUAGCACCGAGCUGCAGGCGAGACCGAGGACUAGGGAAAGAAGAGAAUCAUCUCUAAUAUGUAGUGAUCUCGGCGAGGAGGUGGUAGGACGAACCUUUUGGCGAUCGGGUGCUGCGCUGGAGAGGUGGAUGAAUGUUGUACCUGACCUGCAGCAGUGGGCUGAAUCCAGGUGUAAUUGCGGCGAGGAUCAAGGUGUAUAGAAUGAAGCCGAAGUCCUGCAAGAACGUCGUUCACAGUAUAUUGUACGCUGGCGUUCAGUCGAAGAAAGCCCACCGCAAGCGGAGCCUCAGCCGAGAGAUAUGACGGUUUCGGGGAAUAUUUUAACCUCCGAAUAGCGAUAGAAAAGAAAGGCAUUAUCUUAUCCAGGUUUGCGGGGCAACGGAUUUCAAGUUAAGUGUACUGCCAACGAGACAGAAGCUACGGAUUCGCGGCAUCGAGGCGAGGAUGACACUUCAAUGGGACAAACUUUCGCCCGCGGAGUUUCAACAACUUCAGGAUCUCGCUGCCUAUUCACCGAGGAAACUGCAAGAUGUAUUGGCCACCUUUUGCGGGUCUACUACCACACCAGGAGGAGUGCAAAAAUACCAUCCGGACGGGGUGAGGAAUUUUGAAUACCUGGAGAACAAAUUCAGAGACAUUGAUUACGAUGGAUUCCGCAAGUUCCUUGACAGUUAUCUCGAGGUGGGCGCCCCAGAUGAGCUGGCCAGGCACCUCUUCCUCUCCUUCGUUAAAAAGGGGCCAAAUGCAACGGACACGAAGGCGCUCAAGAACAUUUCGUUACAACGUUGCGUACAGGAAAUGGCUGUUCUAUCAUCGACAACUGCCUGUGCGGUAAUAACUUCGCACACGACGUCAAACACCAAUGUGAACAGCACAGGGUUGACUGGAAGUGGUGGAGGCGCGUCUGAAAGUCACUGCGGAGGAUCUUCGUUUGUAGAUAAAUUUCACGGUCUUACAGAGAAGCUACAGGCUCUCGGGCACCACAGAAGCGACAGCGAAACUUCUGCGAGAGCUCGAACAGGCAGUGUACAUCCUAUGCUGACUGUAACGCACACGUCGUACAGCUGUCACGACGUGUUGGAAAAAAAAAGCACAGACAGCAGCCCGAGCCACAGCCAAAUGUCCCGAAAUUCAUCCCGAAAAUCUAACAACUCCCUGUUCGUUAACAAUGGAAAAUUAGAAGAAAUUAGACACCUCGCCAGGAAACAGAGCAUGAUAGAUGUGCACACCGUCAAAGUUAGCUUGAAAGAUAUCGUCUGCUACCUUUCUUUGCUCGAAGCUGGCCGACCCGAAGAUAAGCUAGAAUUCAUGUUCCGGUUGUACGAUACCGAUGGGAAUGGGGUCCUCGAUCGAAACGAAAUCGAUUGCAUAGUAAACCAGAUGAUGAAUGUUGCGGAAUAUCUUGGAUGGGAUGUGACCGAACUGAAGCCGAUUCUACAAGACAUGAUGAUAGAGAUUGACUACGAUUCGGAUGGAACAGUUUCAUUAGACGAAUGGAAAAGAGGGGGCCUAACGACAAUACCGCUACUUGUACUUUUGGGACUAGAUUCGCACGUUAAAGAGGAUGGUAAUCACCUCUGGAAGCUGAAGCACUUCAGCAAGCCUGCCUAUUGUAACCUUUGUCUCAACAUGCUUGUAGGUUUGGGUAAAAAGGGAUUAUCCUGUGUCUUUUGUAAAUAUACUGUCCAUGAAAGAUGCGUACAAAGAGCGCCUGCCUCUUGCAUAGCAACUUACGUCAAGAGUAAAAAGACUUCUCAAACAAUGGCCCAUCAUUGGGUCGAAGGUAACUGCCAUGGGAAGUGUUCAAAGUGUAGAAAGACGAUAAAAAGUUACAACGGUAUCACGGGACUCCACUGUCGAUGGUGUCAAAUAACUCUCCAUAACAGAUGCGUUUCUCAAGUCAGAGCCGAAUGUACACUUGGAGAAUAUGCAGCCCACAUCUUACCUCCAACUGCCAUUUGCCCUGUAGUUAUAGACAGACAACGAUCGUUGUCCAGGGAUAGUAAGAGGGGCAGUAGAUAUGGUCAAGAUAAUGCGUCUAGCACAUCUAAUGCCGCAGUUCCCAGGGGAGGUUCGUCCAACCAGCAGCCUGCGAUGUCUUUUCAGAUAACAUUACCACCAGGGGUAACGCCGCUCGCAGUUUUUAUAAAUCCAAAAUCUGGCGGUAGGCAGGGUGAAAAAAUGCUGAGAAAGUUUCAGUACAUACUAAAUCCAAGACAAGUUCACAAUUUGGCUACCGGUGGUCCAAUGCAAGGGCUCCAAAUGUUCAAGGAUGUGGAAAACUUCAAAGUUAUUUGUUGCGGGGGAGAUGGGACUGUUGGAUGGAUAUUAGAAACUAUGGACCAUGUCCAGUUCUUACAGCAGCCUGCAGUAGGAGUAAUACCACUAGGAACAGGCAAUGACUUAGCUAGAUGCUUGCGUUGGGGUGGUGGGUAUGAGGGGGAAGCAAUUUACAAGGUUUUAAAGAAAAUAGAAAAAGCUACGCCGGUAAUGAUGGACCGAUGGCAAAUCGAAAUGAUAGACCAAGAUGAAGAAAGAAAACCAAAUCAGGAUUCCAUACCGUACAACAUAAUCAACAACUACUUCUCUGUUGGCGUCGAUGCUGCGAUUUGCGUCAAGUUUCACUUGGAGAGGGAACGAAAUCCAGAGAAAUUCAAUAGCAGAAUGAAAAACAAACUGUGGUAUUUUGAGUACGCAACUAGCGAGCAGUUUGCUGCUAGUUGUAAGAACCUCCAUGAAGAUUUGGAGAUAAUAUGUGAUGACAUUCCUUUAGAUUUAGCUCACGGGCCCUCGUUGCAAGGUGUCGCCCUGUUGAACAUCCCCUUUACACACGGGGGCUCAAAUUUAUGGGGUGAACAUCACACGAGGCAUCGCCUUGGAAAGCGUAGAAAACGUCCAGACAAAGAACUGAGCACUAGCAGUUUUAAUUCUGUAGAUUUAAACGCAGCUAUUCAAGAUAUAGGAGACAAUCUCAUAGAAGUAAUAGGUUUGGAAAAUUGUUUACACAUGGGUCAAGUCAAGACAGGUCUCAGAGCAUCUGGAAGAAGACUGGCCCAGUGCAGCAGUGUUAAAAUAAAAACUACCAAAAGGUUUCCCAUGCAGAUUGACGGAGAACCAUGGAUGCAGGGACCAUGCACGAUUCACAUCACCCAUAAAAACCAAGUACCGAUGUUGAUGGCUCCCCCUCCGGAGAAAAGUAAAGGAUUUUUUCGCUUUUUAAAGAGGUAAAUUUUUUAAUUUCCUCCCUCAUAAUCGCUGUAAAAUAUUAUUAAUUUUUUAUUUAUUUCAACUCACGUAAUGUACUCGGAAAGUUUGCUGUAAUUAUUAUUGUUAUUGAGUGUAUGGUAAGAUUUCACCCAGGAUUGAAGGCUACAGAUAUCGGUAAACCAUUGAUGGUAUUAUUUCACAAUCGAGAGCGAACUAUUGAAAUUCAUGAAUGAACAAAUAAUGAAAAGUGAGUACUAAUUAGAUACCAUACCAUUACACUGAUUCAAGUGUAAUAUAUGCCACCUGAAAAAUUUAUCGACAUCUUGUCGUAUAUAAGGAAUUAUAAAUUGCCGACUCUGCAUUUACAUACAAAUAGUAUUAUAUAUACAAUAUUUACUAUAGUAAUUUUUUGAACUCUCGCUUUUUUAACAGAUUAGAUAACCGCAAUCAGGUUCAAUUUAGUAUUUGAUGAUGUACCAAUAGAACAAAAAAUUAACACAUUCGUUGAUAGUACGAGGUCCGUAAACGUCGCUUUAUAUCCCAUAAAUGGUAGCGAGAUAGUUAUAAUAGUAUAAGCCGUGGCGAAUGAAAAACGGUGUUAGUAUAAGAUAAAAGUAAAAUAAAAAUAAAAAACAAACAUAAAUCAAGAAAUAAAUCAAAAAGAGUUUAGAAAACUCCGUCAUAUUCAAAAAUAUAUUUUCUAGCUACGUACAGAUUUAAGUCUCGGAUGAUAUUUUCUGAAUAUCUUAGGACUUGUUGCAACCUGUAUAGUGAAUUAAUAUCAAAAUUAAUACUGAACCGAUUGAUACUCAUGAAUUUAUAUUUAUAUCAUCUAUAGAAUUAUAACAAAUAUAGUAUAAUAUUGAAUAAUGAUAAAACAAUUUAAAAGAAUAAAUAAAUAACAAUAAUUAAUCAGUUAAAUGAACAAAUAAAUCAAAAUAAGAAACUGUUGUUUUUAUAUGGAUGCAGACCAGCAUCCUAUUCUGAAGUCUGAUUGAAAAUAAAACAAAAAAUUAACGAAAACACGAUAGAGAAAAAAAUAAUAACGCCUGUCUACAGAACACAUUACCAAUAGUAAAGCUGACCAGCAUUAUCACAACUAUGGAUGCAUGUGAGCCGAAGUGUACUGCAAUCAAAAAAAUAUAUGCGCUCUGUCUAAUUGUGAAGUAAACUAAAAAAAAGAAAAAAUAGAUGCGCUAUGUCCAUUGUUGCUUGUUAUUCUACGUUUAUUGUAUGGCGUAAUGAAGCAGGACAUGAAAGUACAGUUAGGCAUAGACUGAUGUCAGCGUAUUUCAGUUAGGAUAAAUAUCAGUAUAAUAUUAGGAGGGUUGAGAUAUUUGAUGUGGUCACUGGCAUUUACACUGUGUGUAUCAAGAAAUUAUUAUUUUUUUUUAACAACUUAUUUCUCAUCUGACAUACCUACGUAUGUACAAACUAUAUAUACCUAAUUCACGUUGCCGAAUCUAUUUUUUCUAUUAGUAUAAUUCUCUACAAUCACGCUUGAUAGGUAUUAUACCUGUAAUCAAUUAACAAACGUUUACUUUUGUCUUUAGAAAUAUACAAAUUAUGGAAUGAUUAUCCGCUGUGUAUUUAUAGUCUAAUGAUAAUAUACUUUUACGUUUUCAGCUAUUUAAUACGUAUUAUAUUGCAUUGUAAAUCUCAGAUGAAAACGAAUAAAGGUGAAUAAUGAAAGGUCUAAUUUAAAACAAAUUGUCCGUGAAUAACGAACGACUUAUAUAUAAAUAAGUAUA